UUCGAAAUUACGAUACGUUAAUUUAAGUUACUUAAUUUAUUUUUUGAUAAAUAUAGAAAAUAUGAAUUUGACCUGCGUUAUAUGCGCUGAACUAUUUGUUCAGGCCGACGAUGUUCAUGCUACGCAUUGUGGCCACUUGUUUCAUCAAAUUUGCCUUAUUCAAUGGUUAGAAAGAUCAAAAACAUGUCCGCAAUGUAGGCAUAAGUGUUAUCAAAAGUCACAUCAUAAAAUUUACUUUAAUAUAGGCAAUUUAGAUACAAGUAAUAUAGAUAUUGCGUCUGUCCAACAACAGUUAGACGAUGCCAAGCUUCAAAACCAAUUAAAUUUGAAGGAACAGGAAAAACUCAAAAAGGAAAUUGAUGAUUUGAAGGGAACUAGGAAAAAGUGCUUGGAAACUAUUACAGCAUUGGAAUCAAAAUUGGAAAGCAAUAAAUUUGCUUUAUCACAAUUUGCCGAACAGGUUAAAGUAUUAAAAUGUGAAACAAAACUGGUUGAAACACAACGUAAUGAAAUAGAUGAAUUAAAGAAGCAAAUCCAACUAAUGGAAACUGUACAGAAAAUGAUAUCUUCAACAACAGCUGAAGUAGAGCAAUUAUUAGAACAGGAUUCUAGUUCUAAAAGCUUAGCGACAUGGGUAGUGUUAUUGAAAAAGGAAUUAAGAGCUUGCGAAUCUAAAAAAGCUGAUAUAAGAAACACUUUAAAAAGUGUUCAGCAUGAUCUUAGAAAGUCGUUAGAUGCCAAAAGAAACUUAGAAUCGAAACUAUCUGCUCUGGAAAGUGAAAAUUAUCAAUUAAACUCAAAAGUUGAGUCAUUAGAAAAACAGUAUUUAGUUGAAACCAGUGAUUGUAACAAUGAUAAAAAUUAUAAAACCAAAUCUGACUGCCAGUGUAAUAAAAAAAAUUCACUGAAUUUUGAAGAAAGUGUGAUUAAUUUUAAUGAAAACUCUCCUGGAAUUCUUAAAAAAGUAAAAGAAAUUGUAGAAUCUGAUUCGCCUUAUUUGAAUAUUAAGUCAAGUAGCUUAGGGUUGAAACCAAUAUUAAAAGUUGCAGAUCGUGUUCGACAUAAUAAUCUUAGACAACAGGAAAAAGUUUCUACUUUAAAUGAAGUAAAAAAACCUGAUAGCAUUUUUGAAACACAUAGCAAUUUAGCCUUAUUGAAAAAAAGUCGUAGUGAAGAUUUACGAGAUAAGUAUUCAAUAUUUAAAAAACCUCGCCUGAUAGAGCCAUCUACAACGAGUAAAUCAAUUUCAUCUUUGGACUGGAUGGUUCCAAAUGGGUUUGGUGGUUCUGAAAAAAGAAUGUUAAGCCCCACAAAACCGCUUUUAUUGGAUGAUGAAGCUAAAGCGAAAUUUAAUAAUGUUAAUAACCGUUUAAAAGCUGGUAAAUUAAGGAAAAUAUCAUCCGCUACCCAGUUAAACCAUGAUAAUACUUUAGAAAAAUUUAUCAAAAGGGUAUAAUCGUUGAUUUUUAAAAAUAUUUUAGCUUCCCUUAAGAGUUAAUUUAGUUAAAAUGUUAAAAUUCUAUUUAUUGUUUAAUUAUUGAUAUAAUAUAUUAUAACAAAUUGCAU